UGACAAUGUCCAUCCAUCUCUGCUUCAACUUUGCGAUAAUCCAUCAAACAACAAUCUUUCCUAAUAAUCAAAUAGACAUACAAAUUAAAAAGUAUUCAACAUGCCGAUCCCUCAGAUCGAAUACAUGAGCGACUCCUGGAAAGACGGCCUGUUCGCAAACAAGGUUGUCUUUUGCACCGGUGGAGCCGGCACCAUCUGCAGCGCCCAGGUUCGCGCGAUGGUCCGUCUUGGAGCAAAUGCGUGCAUCGUGGGCAGAAAUGUCGAAAAGACCGAGAGCGUAGCCAAAGACAUUGCGACGGUCCGUCCGGGGGCCAAGGUCAUCGGCGUCGGUGCCGUGGAUGUGCGUAAGGUCGAGAGUCUCCAAGACGCAGUGGCUCGCUGUGUCAAGGAGCUUGGGGGAAUUGAUUUUGUCAUUGCUGGUGCUGCGGGAAACUUCCUGGCUUCGAUCAACCAGCUCUCCGCCAACGCAUUCAAGUCCGUCAUCGAUAUUGAUGUCCUGGGUUCCUACAACACUCUGAAAGCGACUAUCCCCUAUCUGGUCGAGUCAGCAAAGAAGCACAGAGUCGACUCGGAGACUCUCAACCCCUCCCCACUGGGCACCGGUGGACGCAUCAUUUUCAUCAGUGCAACACUCCACUAUAAGGGUUCACCAUACCAGGCUCACGUGUCGGUUGCCAAAGCCGGUAUCGAUGCCUUGUCGCACAGUGUCGCUAUCGAAUAUGGCCCCCUGGGCGUGACAUCCAACAUCAUUGCCCCAGGACCAAUUGCUUCGACAGAGGGACUCGAUCGUCUUCUCCCCACGGACGAGAAAAUAGCCUACGUUAAAUCCCAGCCUCUGGGCCGUGUUGGCUCAGUCCGCGACAUUGCAGACGCAACCGUAUACCUGUUCUCAAACACCGGCAGCUAUGUCAGUGGACAAGUUCUCGUUGUCGACGGCGCAUCCUGGCGCACUCCCGGCUCAGCCGGAAAGCGAACAUACCCCGAUUUCCUCCUAUCCGGGGACGCAGUUCAAAACGUCAAGGGACAAAAGUCCAAACUUUGAGGGGCUAAUAGAUAGAACUGUCUGAGUAUGGAGUAUUGAGACAUCAUUAUAGAGCCUUUGCUGUAAUAUUGCAUUCAUUCGAUAUUUGUUUCAUCAUUGUUUUGUUUCGGGUCAGACUAGGACAAAGACAGACGAGCCGCUCUUUGCUAAUUCAGAACAAUGCAUCUCGAACGUGUUAUUUUAAUAAAAAAAGUAUGUGACUUGGUUUAGAACAGACAAUCAUUCUUUGUUCGUCUUGACAAUAAAAUUUGAGACUGAGUAUAAUGAGCGUCUAGUCAUCUGCCAGUCAAGGGCAAAGAGAUGAUUGUUUUGCAAUGAAACGGCCAACCAGACAUUAGCAUCGAGAAUAUUCUUUUGAUAAUAUAGUGUAUGCCAUGAUAAAUAAAUCCC